AUGGGUACCACUCUUUACGUCGACGCUGGCAUUCAGGCAUCCAAGUACUGCAAUGUCGGAACAUUUGCUGUUUUAGCUUUUGACUAUUGCAUUACACUAGAGGCAGAGUCACAAUGGGUCUGGCACCGAAAAUGGACGUUUGUGCGAUCUAUAUUUACCAUAUCGCGGUACUUGCCAUUCUUUGGCAUUGGGAUGACAUUUGCGGCUGCACUUCGAACACAAUACUAUCCUGGUGAAAGUUGUGCUGAGUAUGGAAAGGCGUCCAAUGUGUUGCACAUUCUGUCCAUUGUAGCUGCAGAAGGAUUGCUAAUAACGAGGAUAUAUGCUUCAUGGAACAGCAAGCGUCUUUUAAUAUCCUUAUUGGUAUUUUCUGCAAUAUGUGUGGUCACCUCUUAUAUCCUCUCGGACACCAAACUGGUACCCAAUUCUACGAACACGACCCCGAUUGACUUACCAAACAUGAUCGGUGUUGACAUACCGGAUCCGGGCGAUUGUCUUUUCAUGGGUGGGAGAAACAAUGUCUUCAACUACGUUGCAUUGUUACUCUAUGAACUAGUUCUCUUCUGCUUGAUGUUGUUCGUCAGGUUUAGACGGUACAAGAAUACUGUCGGACUGCUCCAAAAACGAUUCUUCAAUGAUACGCUAAAAUAUAUGAUUUGCAUCAUAGUUAUGUCUUCAUUCAGUAUCCUCUUGACUAUGUUCCCUCCGGUUACAUGGGUUUCCAUCACAGACUCUCCGCAGAUCGUCAUUCACAGCGUCCUGGCCUCUCGCAUUCUUUUCAGCCUACGAGAAAGUGAAGGACGCUUGGGAACUCGACACACAUCGGGGGAACCUCUAUCUGAGAUUCAAUUCGCAGGAGGUCAGGUCUCGACGUUGAGAUUCGAGGAUCCAUCUGUGUAG